UAUUAUUUUUAUUGUUUUUAUUAUUAUUGUUAACAUCAAUGAGAUACACAAGUUUGGGAAUUUUGAAUUGCAUGCCCUAUCUUCUAGUGUUUAUUCUACUUGAUAUUUUGACCUUCAUUCUAUGACUAAUUUCUAUAAUCUAACUGUAAACAAUAGUUAUUUCAGAGACGACUUCCAUAUCAAUAAGACAUUUCCCAUCCGUUAAUAUGUAGUUAAUUUCAAAAGUCAGUUUUAAACAUUUUGACUUUAAGAUAUCCAUGGGUGCUUAGUUAGUGCCAGCGGACAAGAGGUAUGAUGAUGCACAUUAACCACUUUGAAAACCUUCAAGAGCUAUAUGAAUGUCAAUUAUUGUUUGUUGGAAACGGUCCGUGGGCGGCGAGUGACGUGCGGAGUCUCGCAGCCAAUGAACCGAAGGCGCCAGGCAUCAGACAAGCCUCGUGACUCCAGUCCACAGAAAAGCCCACCCCUCGCCGGAGCAGCCAUAGAGCUGGGAGGCCUCGAAUGCCUAGAGCUCCCCAUUCUCUAUGGUGGAAAAAGAGCAGAGAACGAAGUGCUGACGUAAGCCGCCCGUGCCCACCCCACCCCGCUCCCCACCAGACGACUUCCGCUCCGCUGGACGGUGGAAGGAGAGUGCAAGGACUGAGAGGAGGGUACCUGGAGCUCUCGGCCCCAGAUAGCGCGAUGCGAUCAGUUAGCUACGUGCAGCGAGUAACUCUGGAAUUCGGCGGAAGCCUCUUUCCGCAUGCGAUUUGCCUCGGCGACGUCGACAACGAUGCGCUGAAUGAGCUGGUGGUGGGGGACACUGGUGGGAAGCUGUCAGUGUACAAGAAUGAUGACACCCGGCCUUGGAUCACCUGUUCCUGCCAGGGAAUGCUUACUUGUGUUGGGGUAGGAGACAUCUGUAACAAGGGAAAGAACUUGGUUGUGGCAGUGAGUGCUGAGGGCUGGUUUCACCUGUUUGACCUGAUGCCUGCCAAGAUUGCAGAUAGCUCUGGGCACCAUGAGGCACCGGCGGGCGAGGAGCAUCGACCAGUGUUCAAGCAGCACAUCCCUGCCAACACCAAAGUCAUGCUGAUCAGUGAUAUUGAUGGAGAUGGGCGCUGCGAGCUGGUGGUUGGCUACACAGACCGUGUGGUGAGGGCCUUCCGAUGGGAGGAUGCCAGUGAUGGCAUGGACCAUGUGACUGGACAGCUGGUAUCACUUAAGAAAUGGCUACUGGAGGGACAGGUAGACAAUCUUUCAGUGACUCUGGGACCUCAGGGGACCCCUGAACUGAUGGUGUCCCAGCCAGGCUGUGCUUAUGCAAUCCUCCUGUGUACCUGGAACAAGGGAUCUCUCCCUGUCCCUGAAGAGAGCAACAGAGAGACCACUGCUAUCCGGGAUGUCAUCCUGCACCAGACAUCUGGCCGUAUCCACAAUAAGAACGUCUCCACCCACCUCAUUGGCAACAUCAGACAUGGUCGAAGCAACGAGAAUAGUGGCUCGAGUCUCUUUGCCCUUUGCACCCUUGACGGAACUCUAAAGCUCAUGGAGGGGGCAGACAAGCUGCUGUGGUCAGUGCAGGUGGAUCACCAACUUUUUGCUCUAGAAAAAUUGGAUGUUACAGGCAAUGGAAGUGAGGAAGUGGUGGCGUGUGCCUGGGAUGGGCAGACAUACAUUAUCGAUCACAACCGAUCGGUGGCUCGCUUCCAGGUGGAUGAGAAUGUCCGCGCCUUUUGUGCAGGUCAGCUUCCCUGCCUCUCCUUUACUGUCCUAUACGCCACAUGUUUUCCUUCUUGCCUCCAUGCAGGCAGGCUUUGGCAGACAAGCUCUCAUUUACAAAAUAUAAUUAGGGGGCAGCUGGGUGGCUCAGAGGAUAGAGUACCGGCCCUGAAGUCAGGAGGACCUGAGUUCAAAUCUGGCCUCAGACACUUAAUACUUCCUGGCUGUGUGACCCUGGGCAAGUCACAUAACCCUGAUUGCCUCAGCCAAAAAAAAAAAAAAAAGAAGAAGAAGAAGAAAAGAUACCUUCCCAGGAAGGGGCUAACUCUACAGUAGAACUUGGCUAUGUAAGUGCAUCCUGGGAGUUGCUGAUUGUGUGGCUUCUGUGUCUAGUCUACUCAGGUGCCGUCAUCUAAAUGAGAAAAGGCUUUGAAAACCACUUUUUUUUAAGUUGGUCUAUUUGUUGCUGCCAAGUCUGGACAAGGAAACAUCUGCCAAUCUGGUUCAAAUGCUUUAUAAUAAGCUGGUUUCAGCAGUAGCCCAGGUGGUUUUAUUUUUUUGCUCCAUUAAACUUUUCUUUCUUUAUCCUCUACCCUCAGGCCUAUAUGCCUGCAAAGGAGGUCAAAACAGUCCCUGCUUAGUGUAUGUGACUUUCAACCAAAA